AUGUCGUCCGCCGAAGUCGCCGCCACAGCUCAAGCUCCAGCAUGGAAGGACAGCUUUGUAGUUGGCCUCAUCGGCAUGGGAGACAUGGGACGGAUGUAUGCUGAGCGGCUGUCACAAGCCGGCUGGAAAAUCCUGGCCUGCGACAGAGAAGAUAGAUACGAUAGCCUGAAAGAGAAAUAUUCUGCCAAUGAAAACAUCGAAAUCUGCCGUAACGGCCACCUAGUAUCCCGAGCCAGCGACUACAUCAUCUACAGUGUCGAGGCAGCCACCAUUGACAAAGUCAUUGCCACCUACGGUCCCUCCACCAAGAUUGGCGCCAUUGUAGGCGGUCAAACAUCGUGCAAGUCGCCCGAGAUCCUCGCCUUUGAAGCCCACCUCCCGAGCGACAUCCAAAUCGUCUCGUGCCACUCUCUCCACGGCCCUGCCGUCGAUCCUCACAACCAGCCGCUCGUGUUGAUCCAGCACCGCGCCUCUGACGAGGCCCUGCACAAGGUCGAAGAGGUCCUGUCGUGCCUCAAGUCCAAGUUUGUCUACCUAUCCGCCAAGGAGCACGACCGCAUCACAGCCGACACCCAGGCCGUCACGCACGCCGCCUUCCUAUCCAUGGGCAAGGCAUGGCACGCCAACCGCGAGUUCCCAUGGGAACUCAGCCGAUACGUCGGUGGCAUUGAAAACGUCAAAGUGAACAUCAUGCUGCGCAUCUACAGCCAAAAGUGGCAUGUGUACGCCGGCCUGGCGAUCCUGAACCCCGAGGCUCGUGAGCAAGUUGCGCAGUACGCCCGGUCUGUGACGGACCUGUACAAGCUGAUGCUCGAGGGCAACUUCCAAGGACUACGGGAGCGCGUGUACCGCGCGCGCGACAAGGUCUUUGGCGGCAGCGACUCGGCGGCGUGGGAGUCGCGGCCGCUGAUUGAGCCGGCGAUCCUGUCGUCAUUUUCACUGGGCAAGCCGUCGGACGACACGACGCCGCGGCCCAACAACCACCUUUCGCUGCUGGCCAUGGUGGACUGCUGGGCAGAGCUGGGCAUCGUGCCGUAUGAUCAUAUGCUGUGCAGCACGCCGCUGUUCCGUCUGCGUCUCGGUGUGACGGAGCACCUCUUCCGCAACACGGAGAUCCUGGACGCGGCCAUCUACACGGCGGUGCACGACAAGACGUACCGCAGCGACGACUUGGAGUUUACAUUUGCGGCGCGCGGAUGGGCCGAGUGUGUCAGUCUGGGACAUUUUGAGACAUGGGAGAAGCGCUUCGUCAGCACGCAGACCUUCUUUGAGCCGCGAUUUGCAGAGGCCAAGGUGGUUGGCGACCAGAUGAUGAAGAAGGUCUUGGAGAGCAUGCAAGGUGGCAGCAAGUGA